CACGACAUAUCUAGCAUACGAAUUGUUCAAGCCGAACCUUUUAAGAGUUUAGUGUUAACGUAAGUACAAACGUGCUGUCAUUUGUAUGUUGUCCCUUGUGACGGCAACAAUUGAAUAUUUAUUUACAAUAUUACAAUAGAAAUGAAAACAAAAGUGUUACAAGUGAUUUUUCAUUUGAUGUUAUGCGCAACGGUUAUUCCAGGAAGCACAUAUAAUGAAAAUGCUGUUCAGAUUUUCAAAAGAAGCGUUGCUAUGGAUGUUACAGAUUUUUCAGUGUAUUACGAUAUCCACACUAACGAGACCAUACGAAAGAUGAUGCCCAGACCAUGGUACAGGCCUGGUUGGCGACUGAGACUUCCUUUUACCGGUGGACCCUGUGAAUGCGAAAGUUACAAAUGUACUUGCUGCACUGGCAUACGAAUAGAAGCAUUUGGUUUCGACAGGCGAACUUGUGCAAUUCUAAAGUUUGAACCGGAAGAAGCAAUUAUAAACUUGGAAGUCAAAAUGAGCAACAACAGUGUUUUGGUACAAAUGUUUUCAGCCAGUAACCCGCCACCUUUCUGCGUGCCUAUUCCGGUGCCGUAUUUGCCUCCCGGACUUGUUGACAUGUGUAUCAGGUUGUUCGAUGUCUCGAUAAUUCAGCAGAGAUUACAUGUCUGUAUGGAUAUGGAUACCAGGAUCGACAUGGCACCAGUUUUGAUUUUACAUUUUGAUUGCAUGGAUAUGGGUCUAGAUGGUGUAAGUCUUUCAAAGCCUGGCGGAGGCGGCAGUAAUCCAGCAAACGCCGCAACUAAUGGAGAUACAAUGGAGUCAAUGGAACCAACACAAGUCAACGGUGAUGUUUAUGAUCCUGUUACAGAGGAUCCCAAUAUCGAAACAACACCUCCACCCAUGUUCAAACACAGUAUUAGAUAUAUAUAA